UAAUUUGAAAACAUUCCCCGGAAGUUGUGUUGCAGCUUUCCUGACGUCAAACAGGCUAAAGGAAGGAAGCCCAACAUUUCUGUAUAAUCUGUGAAGCUGCUCCCAGGAUGAGCAUCCCAGAUUACAUGCAGUGUGCCGAGGACCACCAGACGGUGCUGGUGGUGGUCCAGCCAGUCGGCAUCGUGCCGGAGGACCAGUUCUUUAGGAUCUACAAGCGCAUCGCCAGCGUGAGGCAGCUCAGCGUGCGAGACUCCCAGCGGCUGCUCUUCAUCCGCUACAGACACCACUAUCUCCCUGAGAACAACGAGUGGGGCGACUUCCAGACCCACCGCAAAGUGGUGGGUCUCAUUGCCGUCACCACCUGCAGCUCAUCGCGGGACUGGCCCCACACGGCGGAUCGCUUUCACGCCCAGAAGGAGGUGUACAGCUCCACGCUGUACGACUCGCGCCUGCUGGUGUUUGGGCUCCAGGGAGAGAUUGCAGAGCAGUCCCGCCCAGACAUGGUCUUCUACCCCAGUUUUGAGGAGUGCAGCGAUGUGGAGCGGAGGGUGGAGGAUUUUGUGGAGUCCAUAUUUAUUGUUUUGGAGUCCAAGCGGCUGGACCGGGCCACGGAUAAGUCGGGGGACAAGAUUCCUCUGCUCUGCGUCCCAUUUGAGAAGAAGGACUUUGUGGGUUUGGACACCGACAGCAGACACUACAAGAAGCGCUCCCAGGGCCGGAUGAGGAAGCACGUGGGGGACCUGUGCCUGCAGGCGGGCAUGCUGCAGGACGCGCUGGUCCACUACCACAUGGCCGUGGAGCUGCUGCGGGCCGUUAAUGACUUCCUGUGGCUCGGAGGUGCGUUGGAAGGGUUAUGCUCGGCGUCCGUCAUAUUCCACUACCCAGGAGGCACUGCAGGCAAGGCUGCUGGGUGCAAACCCAGCGUCUGCCAGCCGGUGGAUGCAGGGAAACGCCACAGACCAGGAGCUCAGGAGGUUCUCAUUGAUCCAGGCGCCCUCACAGCCAGUGGCAUCAGCGCCGACACCAGCGCCGAGAUCGGACGAGCAAAGAACUGCCUCAGCCCCGAGGACAUCAUCGAGAAGUACAAAGAGGCCAUCUCCUACUAUGGGAAGCACAAGAACGCCGGCGUGAUCGAGCUGGAGGCCUGCGUGAAAGCCGUCCGGGUCCUGGCCAUCCAGAAGAGGGCCAGGGAGGCCUCAGAGUUCCUGCAGAACGCCGUCUACAUCAAUCUGGGCCAGUUGUCAGAAGAGGAGAAGAUCCAGCGCUACAGCAUCCUGUCAGAGCUUUACGAACUGAUCGGCUUCCAUCGAAAGUCAGCGUUCUUCAAGCGCGUGGCGGCCAUGCAGUGCGUGGCCCCCACCAUCUCGGAGCCAGGCUGGAGGGCCUGCUACAAGCUGCUGCUGGAGACGUUACCUGGAUACAGCCUGUCGCUCGACCCCAAAGACUUCAGCAAAGGCACCCACAGAGGCUGGGCGGCUGUUCAGAUGCGGCUGCUGCACGAGCUGGUCUAUGCUUCGCGCCGCAUGGGCAACCCCGCGCUGUCCGUCCGGCACCUGUCCUUCCUGCUGCAGACCAUGCUGGACUUCCUCUCUGAUCAAGAAAAGAAGGAGGUGACCCAGAGUCUGGAGAACUACACCUCAAAGUGUCCGGGUGGGAUGGAGAUCAUCACUCUUCCUGAUGGUCUGACGCUGCCUCCUGUGCCUUUCACCAAGCUACCCAUUGUCCGAUCUGUGAAGCUUCUCAACCUGCCCGUCAGUCUGCAGCCCCACAAACUGAAAGGUGUGCUGGAGGGGAAUUUAUCCAACGCCAGCCCCUUCAUCUACUCACCAAUACUCAUGCAGAGCAGAGGAGAGGAGCGUUGCAAGAAGAUAGAUUUCCAGUGGGUUCAGGGAGAUGUUUGUGAAGUCCAGCUGAUGGUCUACAACCCCAUGCCUUAUGAACUCCGCGUGGAAAACAUGGGUUUGCUGACUUCUGGAGUGGAGUUCGAGUCUCUGCCUGCAGCUCUCUUCCUGCCCGCCGAGUCCGGCCUGUACCCCGUCACCCUGGUGGGGGUCCCACGCACGGCCGGCAACAUCACCGUCAACGGUUACCACACGUCUGUGUUUGGCGUGUCCAGCGACUGCCUGCUGGAGGACUUGGUCGGUGUGAAGGCCAGUGGCUGUUUGGUGGAGGUUAUUCCUUCUCUGCCACGCCUGCAGCUCAGCACAUCGCUGCCAAGGUCGACUCACAGCUCUCAGGCCACGUCCAAAGAGGAGCUGCCCAGCUCCGUGUCCGUCCAGCUUUUCAAUGGGGAGUUGCAGCAGCUCACCAUCACCUUGGAGAACAUCGGAUCCAUAGACAUCGAGACUCUGGAGCUCACCUCCAAGAACAGCAACAAAGACAAAAUGUUUGGGGAGUUUCUGAGCUGGGAUCUGGAGGAAGCCGUGCGUCACCUGCCGCUGAAGCCCGGCCAGGCGGUCACGCUGUCGGUGAGCAUCCGAGUCAAGCUGGACUUCUCCGGUCAGGAAAACCUGCUGCAGGACCUCAAUGAUGAUGGCAUCAGUGUGACGGGCUGGCCCAUCUCCAGUCCGCUCCGACAAGUCCUCAAACCCAGGCCCGAGUCCAAACCCCUGGGCAGCGAGUCAGGCAAGGCAGAGUACAGCCACGUCAAGAGCCUGGAGGCAGUGCUGAAGUUCAAGUACUCUGGGGGUGCAGGCAAAGUGGAGGGCUACUACAGGGAGCUGUCUUUGGGUGUCCAUGUCAAUGUGGAGCCUUCGCUGUUUUUUACCAGAGUCAGCACUUUGCCGGCUACCAGCACCCGACAGUGUCAUCUCCUGCUCGACAUCUUUAACCCAACGGAGCACGAGCUCACAGUCAGCGCCAAGAACAACCAGGACCUGGUUCUGCACGCCAGCGAGUGCCAGAGGAUGGCCAUUCAGGUGGACAGAUUUGACUUUGAGAGCCUUCCGCAGGCGGGGCAGCAGACGCCUCACCUCAGCAGCCCCAAGCAGCUGGAAGAGGAGCGGCAGCUCGCGCACGGCUGCCAGAUCAGCAGCAAGCUGGGCAUCUGCUGGAGCAUCCCGUCUCUGAAGCGGCAUGGAGAGGCCAGCGUGGAGGGGGUCCUCAACCAGCUGGUCCUGGAGCACCUGCAGCUCGCUCCUCUCCAGUGGGAUGUGCUGUUGAACGGAAAACCAUGUGACUGUGACGUUGUCGCUGAAUGCAUCGUGGGCGACGCUGUGACCCUGGAGGUCAAACUGACCAACCUGAGCAAGAACUCGGUGGGCCCGCUGGCGCUGAUGGUGGUGCCGUUUCAGGACUACCAGAACGGAGUGCAGAACUACGACAUGGAUGAAGCCGUCACCUUCAUCGGCUCCAACAUCUUCUGCAUCAGCACGGUUAAAGCCAAAGACAGUUCUGUGUGUGAAGGAGCUCUGAUGUUUCUUUACACCGGAGACUUCUACCUGAACAUCCGCUUCCAAGACGACAGCGCCCGGCGAGGGCUGCCUUUGGCGUGGUUUACCCUGCCCAGCGUGCACAUCAGAGCCUUGGAUGCUCCACUGCAGGCGGGGGCCUAGGGCCUCCAGGCCACAUGGUCACGAGUUGUAAUGACAGACUGCUCUGUGGGUCCACAAAGACCUGCAAAGAGACAUGAAUGUAAGAAGUUUCUGCAGCUAAGGUUGUUAAGGUAAAGCAAAGCCAACUUCAAGCUAGUAAACAAUCAACACGCCGCAUUUUCAAUGCUGAAAGUGAAUGAUGGUUAAGCUAACAUGCUAGCUUGUGUUAGCUGAACCUUCUCUGUAUGUUUGAGCACUGCAACCCCCCCAUGUGAUCUGUCACAGUGGAACCUGCGCUCAAAACUUUACCUGUUACCUUCAAGUUCAAAGGUUAACUUUUCACCAAUCUAUUGCUAGCUUGUUGUUGGACACUAAACUCAACAAUUCAAUGCUGGACAAAAGUAUGGUCACUUUUAAGUUGACUUUCCCACAAAGAUGUUGUGUGACGUGAUGCUCUGUCUGCGAUGAUCACAGUUUAUACAUGAACAAUAAAAGCUAAACAGCAAAAUAUUAA